UAAAGUAAGUUACCUUCAUAUUUGUAGGGCAGUUGGUGUAGUAGACCGGCCAGCUCCACCGCCUGUCCACUACUGCCUGACUAGAUCAGCUACGCGUGGCCUUUGACGAACAAGUGCAACUCUUCGGGGCCUAGACUCUCAUCUUUUUUUUUCUUGACUUGACUCUCAAACAAGCUCCACAGCCAAUUUUAUCAUGUCUCUCAGGCUACUGCCUGCGUUCGUCAUGGACAAUGAGGAAGAUGAUGAUGGUAACUUCACAAAAUGGAUGAGUAGUUACUGGGGUCAUGGAGCUGAAACCGGACAGUCCAGAGAAAGAAAGCGUAGUUUCAGAAGACCAGCAAAAACACGUGUUGAUCGAAGAUCAUCUCUCCCCUGUGUGUCCCAAUUAGACGCCAUGAAGCUGAACAAGCUCCACGCGGCUGCUAUGGCCCCUUCUCCCAUCCACAGCAAAACCAGGGAAGAGAAAGGGGAGGUCAGGCCUCACCCCAGAGCACGCCGUGCCUCCUCAGAUGACAACAGCCGCCUCAAGACGGCCAUUCCAGAGAGCCGCAUCUCCACUAUCCCUGAACUCACAGAGUCAUUUGAGAAACGACUUUCUUUACGCAAUAAGAACACCAUGUCUCUGGGUGAUGAAGAUAAUUUGUGUCUCAUCUGCCAUGAGGACCUGCGAAAUGGUGGAGGGGGAGUCCAAGAGCUGCACUGUACACACCGCUUCCACAAAGAGUAUGCAUGUGAGAUGUCAGGUUCAUUGUGCAUGGCUACCACGGCUGUCAAGGCCUUCCUGCAAACUUUACCCCCCUCAACACUUUUCCACAAGUUGAGCUGGUCUGCAAACCCAUCCACACCUAAACCCAUCCCAGCUGCUGAAGUAUGGAGUCCCCAAAAUAGCUUUGCUGUGGUUGGAGGACAUGACACUUAUAUGAUGUUUUUUGAUCCAUGGGUGUGGAAGGCAGCGCGGAGGUUAGAGCAGAGCCGGUUUGGUAGUAGCAGUGCGACGGCCUCGUGUGAGAUGUGGAGCUCCUUCGAUCAAAGAAGGAAGUCAGUAGACGAACCCUUCGGCAAGGAGCAGAAGUACCUCACACCCCAUCGCCAGCUUUCGCUUCGGAGACAUCGCUGA